AUGCCGGACUUCAUUUCAGGCACGCCACACACCGGAUGGUAUGAUCUGCUGGACUCGAGCUAUCGAAUGCGAACGGGCCAAGAGGCUCAAACAUUCUUCGUAGUUGGCAGGGUCUUCGCUACGCUGUACACAGAGGCUGCAGGCGCAACCGCACAAGUCCGCGCAAAUGACGACGCAUACACUGUGGUCCGCUUCAAUGAAAGGGCCCAUACGAACAUCCGCCGUUUUGUCGUAGUUAAGGUAAAACGAGGCUUUGUAAAAGCGUGUGGCAUUGGCACUUACUCUGGUCGUGGCGCCCUCAAAGAUGGCUGCAACCCGGCCGAACAUACGAUCCUCUACCUUUCUGGAACAGACCCAGCUUCCUGUUAUUUACCUGGAGAGUACGAGAGCGGGAUGUGGAAGGACCCUAUCGAAGUCGAAGCGGUCGACUCUUCGAUUACGAUACGACGAGAGUCGCGCAUACGAUUUGGCAAGACAUACCCGAUCGAGAUGAAUGUCAAAGUGAAGGAUGUUGGGAGGGUUCAGCCCCACCACCUGAGCAAACUCCUACAGUAUUGGACCGACGAGGACGACUAA